UAGAAACUAGAAAGAAUCUUCUGUCAGACCAUGAAUGAUGAAGAUUUUUUUUAUUUUUUGAUCUUUUCAACUGAGGAAACUCCGUUGUAAAGAUCAAUAUUAGUAAAAGCAUGCUAGAACUUCUGAUCAAUAAAUCUUACUGUUACAGUUGGUCAGUCAAUUCACGGUAUAUCCAUGUAACUGACAGCCCAUUUGCAAACCAGUUUUCUUCAUGAUUGAUAUAAAAUUUAGAUUGAGAAUCACAUCAAUUCACCAAUUUCAAGGCAGUGAUCAAUGUUUGCUUUGUUUCCUCUUCUGUUUCAGAUAAUGCUUCAGAAUUCUCUAUAGCCAACUAGGAGCAGUAGUAGUACUGCACUGGGUAAUGCAACACUCACUGUAUAUGUUGUUCACUAGAUAGUAAUUGGAGUAGAAAAGACCCCCAGUUCACGACAGGUCAUGUAGCAGUUGCCUCUUUUUUUGCGUCUUCCUUGGUAUUUUAUCACGAGCUCCUCAUUGCAGCCUUGGAGUAAGCAUGCUGUAUGGACAUUACAAAUUCCCCCCAGGAAUCAGUAAAGGAUUAUGAUUCAGAUUCUGAUACUAAGUAAAUUACACAGUAGCUGAAAAGGAGAGUGAAAAAAUGUCUAAUCCAUCAGUGUUACACCUCAAAAAAGAGCAUUUAGACCAAGGGAACCUGAUCCUACUUAGUGUACUCAUGCAUAGUUGUGGAAUGUUAUCGGUUAUUGUCAGUCAAACUCUAAUUGAAAAGGCCUUGAACAUUCAUAUCCUCCAUUUCUUUAGGAACUGACAUCACAGAAAAGGGGAAUUCUGAGCAUGGCAAGUUUUCUCUGCUAAAUGUUUUGGUCUUAGAACAAAUUUUUCCAAAGAUGACUGAAGUGAGAUGUGAACUGCUAAAGAUUAGGCUGUUUGGUAAAGCCUUGCAAUGGAAGGUGUAUCAAUAACAAAUUUUUGUUGCAGGGCCCUCUGCAUUUCUAUUGUACUGUGCAGGUGUAAAUGGGACUCAGUAUGCUUUGCACUGUUCCUUUGUGAUGCGAAACAACAUUGUGCCCAGAAAGAAUAUAUUUGUUCAGCAAUCCCACUCAGCAUAAAUACUGGAUAAAGUGACGUGUCUUUUUGGAGAGAUUGACACAGUCCCAGGAAGUGCAUCCUAAGGAUGUCCAGAACCAUUUGAAACCUCUCCUGUGGUUGUGGAGUCCUGUUUUGUUGCCCUCUUACAACUAUUCAAGUCUCCAGACUUAGUCACUUGAACGGGGUGGUUGGAUGUCAGAUGUUUCACUGACCAGUGUCAGGGGUUUCACCAACUUGACGUCAACCGAGCUUCUACUGAUCCAGCACGAGUUUCAGAUGUGGUUACCUUUACCCAGAAGCCCUGACCAGUGAGUGCCUAUUCUGACAAAUGGAGUGCAUUAUUGCUCCUAAAAUCAAAAAAAGAAACAAAUCUUGCACGAAUAACUCCCAUCACAGAUCCUCCACUCCAGUUGAGAAUAGCAAUCAAAUUCGUUCAUUUGUGUUGUAGGCUUUUUCAUCUGCAAGUCUGCUGACAUUGCUGGUUCACUGUGUUUACCCGGGAAUAGCACUGAGUGAUUCAUUAAAAAGCUGGCUCUGCUGGCUUUCUUUUUACAUUUCUUGCUUUGGAGCAGACUGGAUGAAUGAAAACACUGGCUGUGUUCACGUGCUUGCUGCUGCUCUUGGUCGCUCUAAAGAGUCUGAGUGACACAGGCCAAGCUUCACGUCCCCCUCCUUGCCCUCCUCCCCUUUCUUGACUUCUGCGGGGUUGGCUGGUUAAAUCCGUGAGCAUUAGUGGGCGUGAGUAUGUGUGUGUUGGUGCUCCUAGGGCGCAUGCGAACUGAGGCCCGAAGGGGAGAGCCUUCCACACAGAUCGAAGCCAGCUGCCCUGAUUUAAACACUUCAUUUCAAGAAGAGUGGAAGAGAGUGGGAACCCGCGUGCAUCCCCCCCCACCCACCAGUGUGCUCAAAGUACGCUGAAAAAAAGCAGCUGCCAGCUCCACAAACAACGGACGAGCAGCUACAACUGGUAGAUUUGGACAUUUGCUGUUAAGUAGAAGCAUUUAGUAGUGCUUCUGCCUCACAUUCUUGGGACUCAGAGGGCACUUGCUGCCCUGAGAUAGGGGUGUUUAAGGAAACUGACCUCUGAGGUUAAGCAGUAUCAGUUUGAGUGAAGCUCUGUGUGGAGGAGGGGAGGAGAGAACAGGCAACAGUUAGUGGGAGGUGGGAGGCCACAGUGGGGCUCCUGCACUGCUGAAGAAGGAGACGAAGCAGUCGCCGGGAAGCAGGGUAAGAGGAGGAGAUGGCCACUGGAGAAAUCACAACACUGCCCUCCACACCUGAAGACGGCGGCAGCGGCGGCUUUCCUCCCGGGAGCUUCAAGGAUCCCAAAAGGCUGUAUUGUAAAAACGGGGGCUUCUUCUUGAGGAUAAAGUCCGAUGGGGGAGUGGAUGGAAUCCGGGAGAAGAACGACCCCCACAUUAAGCUUCAACUCCAGGCAACCUCGGUGGGAGAGGUGGUCAUUAAAGGAGUUUGUGCUAACCGCUAUCUGGCCAUGAACAGAGACGGACGACUGUUUGGAGCGAAACGAGCAACAGAUGAAUGCCACUUCCUAGAGCGGCUCGAGAGCAACAACUACAACACCUACCGCUCCAGGAAGUACCCAAACAUGUAUGUGGCACUGAAGCGGACUGGCCAGUACAAGUCUGGAAGCAAAACUGGACCAGGUCAAAAGGCCAUUCUUUUUCUUCCAAUGUCUGCCAAGUGCUAAUCUGGGAUCCGAUUGAGAAAUAUUAACGUCUUAACGGCAGUGACGAAGAACAAGAUGUGACGGCAAUGAAGACGAAGUGUUCCAUCAACAUUGCCCAAAAUAGCUGUGACGCUUUCUGACUGUUAUAUCCUGAGAAUUACUUUUUAUCCUGAACAUGUCUGCUCUUAUUCAGCUUCACUUUCAAACAGAGGUACACAUUCACACUCGGCUGCUUUGUAGUAAAACUGGGCUUUUACUAGUGACGUUUUACUGGUGACCAACAGCCACAUUGGAGCCAGGUGCCUUGCUCAAGUGCACCUCUACAGUACAGCAUUAUUUGUUCAUUCUAGCUAUUCAGAGCUUCCCUCUGUGGCUGAGGGAUUUAAAGCAGCAACCUUUCAGUCACAAGUCUUUUUCUAGCUUUCGACAUUUGUUCAGGGCAUAUAGAAAACUAUUCUGUUUAAACGUGUGUCCUAGAUAAAGGAAAUGCACUCAAAUCUAACAUUAUAGUAAGCUGAAGUGGAGAGAGGAGAUGGGAUUGAACUACAUAACUGAAUUUUAGAAGAUCUGAUCUUGGGAAACAAAAUUUUGUUUUUUGAUUUUAAAUUCAAAAACUAAAUUUUGGUUCACAAAAUCAAAAGUAAGCACACUAAAAUCAAAAUUCAAGCACUAGUUACUUUUUUUUUUUUUUCCCCACUACCCAGUAUCGUGGGACACGAAAUUAUUUCAGAACAGGUUUCCUGAGCUUGUCUUUGUUUAUUGAGAUAACUGUGUUCCCCUUUGGUAGCUGUAUAAUUUGAGAUUUGUGCAAAAAAGCCCUCACAUUGCACGGCAGUGCAGUGUAACUUACAAAUUCAAGCCAGUUGUGAUUGAGUGAUUCAACAGAAAAGCAAGUUAGUAACAAAAUAUAAUUUGGACUUUUCUGACUAGUCAAUAGGCUAAUUUAACAAGGCAGUCAGUAUUAAUAUUUUAGCUACUAACCAGCAAUACCAGCCUCUGCCAGUAUAAAGUCAGUUAACACUGGUGGUUGUCUUGUUAACAAGUCUCUUUACUGGUUCCAGUUAAAAACACAGCAGAAUUUAGAACUGCACCUUUAAAAUUAGCUGCUCACAGCCACUUCUGCCCAGCAGCUGCAGACUUCCAACAUGGCCGCCAAAAGUUGUUAAAUAAACCGUAUAAAACUCUGCAGUCUGGCACGUAUCGCAGUGGCAAAAUUCUUUAAAAACCGCAAAGUGAAUGUUGUAAUUCACAGUAUUGCACCAUAUUUCUUCACCAGUAACAGUUAGUGUGUGACACACGCUGCAAACAUAAUUCAUCCAUAAAUACACUUCAGAUAUGAGUAAUAGUGUGUCAUCAUAGCUAGCCAUGAUACGCUAACCACAUCAGGCUGAUGAUGGCUCACUGGGAUUGCAGUGUCGUAGGAAGCUGCCGGUGGUACAGCUGAUAAAACUUCCCAGAGUAGACAGCAGGGAGCUCCUCCAUGGUCAGGUCAAUUUUGUGGAAGCCCUGCUCUAGGCCAUGCAGCAGGAGCCUGGCCACGCGAGAGGUGAUGGGCGUCGUGUCGUUGGUCUCGGCCAGCACGGCGAGGUCCAGCCACUCGCACCGCAGGCACUCCUGAGUGCAGAAGUCGAUGUCAUACGUGAGUGGGCUGAGACGGCAGAUGACGUACAUGUCUGACAUGCCAAAGGCCCCAGGAUGGUUGUGCUGCUGCCGGAUGCUGAGCAGAGACCUGAACUCAGAGCGAACGCCAGUUUCCUCAAAGACUUCACGGAUGGCGGUGGCACCUGAGAAAGAAUCAGUGUGAUACAAAUCAAAGUAUAUGGAGGCAUUUCAAAGAUCCUCACAGAAAGGAAUAAGUUCCUUUAUCAGUCACCUUUCAGAGUGAUGUUCAGAUGAAGAGAGGAAAAAAGGGAAAAUACAUAUAUUUUUUUGUAAAGACAAACACGCUGCUUUUGGGGUGGGUCAUGUAUAUAAAAUUAAAGCUGCUUUUAAAAAGUUUUAACAAAGGUGAAUUUGGAGAGACAGAUCGUUUUUUGCGCAUACAUCAUGCGCCUUAUUUUGUACAGUUCAAAUGAAUGUAUAUGUUUCACCUUUAAGCUUAAUACUAAAAUCAAAGGAUUUAGCUAGAUGUACUGUAUUAGUUUUUUCUCUUUGUUUUGCUCUGUUGAGCGUGACACUCACCAAUAUUUUCUCCUGGAUCAGACAAGCCACCAGGAAACUUCCAAGCAUUCUUUGUCUGAAAAGCAGGAGCAAAGCUUAAAAUUUAGAAUCAAUUGUGACAGAGGCACUGCUGUAAAUGUAUCUUAGAGUCAUGUAUACUCCAAAAAAAAAUAUGUCCAUGUCAGUCAGAAAAUCAGAAAAGUAUGGUAGGAGUUCUUUUUUUCUUUUACUUUGAAAAAAUAAGAGUAAGUAGUCUUAACUAAUAAUUAAUGCUCUCAUCUGAGCAUCCUUUCAUUUUAUGUUUUAUAUUUAGGGCCUUGGUCUGGAGACUUUCACAUUUGAUGCAGUGAAGUGUGUCUUUCAAAACUGUUUCACCACUUUUCCUUGAUAUUUAAUAACAGUAUGCUGCUGGUUAAAUUAUAUUGUCAGUGUUGUGUAGAAUAUUUUUGUAGUUACUUAAAUAAUUUUGUACGCAGCGCUUGUUUUUAGAAAUUUCCUCAUAGAUUAUCAUCUUGUUUUGCAAAUCCUCUUUGUGAGAAACACGAAUGCACUAUAUCAGUUAUUUUCAUGUAUGGUCAAGAAAAUGUUAUAUUUUUGGAACAGGUUUCUGAAGUGUGCUGGUGGGAAGAAAUAAAGAGAUUUUGUGUAACUCUCA